CUGGUGGUGGUGUCAUGGUGUGGGGGAGAUUUUCUUGGUAUCCACAGUUCAGGCUGGUGGUGGUGUCAUGGUGUGGAGGAUCCAUCCUGCCUUGUAUCAACGGUUCAGGCUGGUGGUGGUGGUGUCAUGGUGUUAGGAAUGGACUGGCCAGCAAUGGUGGGACUCACCUGCCUUUUGAUCUGCAGUACCAGGGCUGGCCAGCGGGUGCUCCCAGCAAUCAGAGACUCAACCUUUCAGCCAGCUAACACCUGGAACUGAUGAUACUGGUGUAUUUAAGGGAUGGCCAGACUUGCAGACUCUGCCUUGGUGUUGUGUUUGUCCUGGGCCCUGUAUCUGUCCUGCAUCCUGUUUCUGUUCCUUUGCUGACCCUGCCUGAUCUGAACUGCUGCUGACUUCUCCUGCUCUGAUCCUGGCUUGUGACCCUGACCACCCCUCUGUCUGACCCUCUGUACCUCGCUGCUUGCUACCUGCUGAACCUGGCCUGUGACCCCGACCAU